GACUCUUUUCCGUUUCUUCGAGCUCAAAUCCCAACGACAAUGGCGGUUCCGAUUCACUUCCUCAUCAACUCUCCACAUGAAUCAUCCGACGAAGAGUACAACGGUUCCGAAAUUUCCUAUUCAUCUGAAGACGAGUCCAUGGAAGACGAAUCGUCCGAGUUAGAAAACACAAACGGAGAAUCUCUCUCCAAUCUCGAACAUGAAGAAAGUGAGAGUGAUGGUACUGAGGAUGAGUUUUGGGUUAAGUAUCCGUAUUUGAAGGAGUUAGUCGAGAUUAUUGUAGCUCAAGGUUUAAUUUCUGAAGAAGUAGCUUUUGAGAGAGGUAAGCUUAUUGGUGAUGAUAAGGCUAAAGAGUUGAAUGAUGGAUGGAAAGCUUUGUGUCUUAAGGAGCAGGAUUUGGGUAAUCAAAUGCUUGAGCUUCUUGCUUCUUCUACCACAAAACCCUGAAAAUUUGAGGAAUUUUUCAUGUUUUGUUCUGGUCUGUGACUGUGAGAACUUUGGUUUUGAUGUGUUGUUUGUGUUGGUAUUGAAACCUUAAUGUGUUCAUCUUUAUGGAAGAAGAAGAAGAUAAACAUUCACUCACAGU